CCGUCAAAAGCCGAAGAAGAAGAAGGGCUGAAAAUCUGGAGAAGAAAGAGAGUGCGAAAAAGGAGGUGGUGCGUUUGCCCCGUGUGUCGUCGUGAAAUUCACGAGCUGUGUGUGAUCAAUUAGUUUCGCUUCCGCAUCGCCACCCGAUACCCGAUUUCGCCUAUCGCGCUGAGCUGUGCCACGGUUUUGCUGUUUGCCAGCGCUCCCGCGUCCGUCGGUCAACUUUUCCCAGGGGUUUGCAUUGUGCGUUACGGCUUGUAAACGGCUGUUUUGAGGGCAGCAUCGAGCGUCGUGGGGUGGUAGAUAUUUUUGGAUUCCCAUCCGUUCGAGCGUUCCCAUCCGGGCUAAAAGCGUACGCCAGUGUGCGACAUUGCCAAAAUGUUUAUCUGGGACUGGUUCACCGGCGUUCUAGGUUACCUAGGGCUGUGGAAAAAGUCUGGUAAAUUACUCUUCCUUGGCCUAGACAAUGCUGGCAAAACGACACUGCUACACAUGCUGAAGGACGACCGACUGGCACAGCAUGUCCCAACGCUCCAUCCAACUUCGGAGGAACUUUCCAUAGGAAAUAUGCGCUUCACAACGUUCGAUCUUGGCGGACACACGCAAGCACGGCGUGUAUGGAAGGACUAUUUCCCAGCGGUGGAUGCGAUCGUGUUCCUCAUCGACGCCUGGGACCGAACCCGUUUCACCGAGAGCAAAAACGAGCUGGACUCACUGCUCACGGACGAAGCGCUUUCCAACUGUCCGGUACUGAUCCUCGGCAACAAGAUCGACAAACCGGGCGCGGCGAGCGAAGAAGAGCUGCGGAACUACUUCGCACUGUUCCAGCUGACCACGGGCAAGGGCAAAGUGCCACGCUCCGAGCUGCCCGGUCGCCCGCUCGAGCUGUUCAUGUGUUCCGUGCUGAAACGACAGGGUUACGGUGAAGGGUUCCGUUGGUUAGCCCAGUACAUCGACUAAUAAUAGUAUGGUGGUUCGGUGGCAAUACGUUUCUUCUAUUUUUUUUUUUUUUUGCUUUUUCGGGUAUCAAUGGGUGAUCGCGGGGUCAGUGAGGAGAAGCGAGCGCAGCGGAUUAACAAAACAACUACCGAAAGUCUUAUUACUUACCCAAACCCACGUACACACAUACAUUAAAACAAAAAAAUAACUUCAAAUCAAUAGGAAAGCGGAUCGCGGUGCAAACUAUGUGUGUGUGAUCCGUGCAUUAUUGGGAAAACUGUGAAAAAGUGCAGUGAGUUCGAGUCAACCUGGAAAUGUGCUUUGUUCGGUCCAGCGGGCCAGCGGGCGGUGCUGUUUUUGGUGCCGAACAAAGGGACACGGACAGUAGUAGUGCCGGGGUAAUGUUUUAAAGCAAUUGAAUAGCAUGUGCGCCGCGUGUAAGAGAGCUUGCAAGGCAAAAGAACGCUUAAAAGGAAUGGAGGAAGGCAACAGAAAGCAUUCCCGCUUUUACUGUUAAAAAGGAAAAUGAAAAACAAAAACAAAACACACACACUGUCCAUCUUGAAAUAGACCGGCGAGGAACAUUUGAUCAAUCGUUCCACGAAAAUUGCAUAACGAUGCCUGUAUUAAUCUAGUAUGCUUUUUUGUUUUGUUAUAAUGCUCAUUCGAAUGCGGGACAGUUCUGACUCAGUGUUACACAUGUAGACGAUGCGAAAUCAUCACACCCUUGGGUAUGUUAAGCACUCAGUUUCAUCGCUGCUAUUGCUUAACUCCUUUAACGUUCAAUUCAUCCAUUGCUUCGAAGUUCUAUUCAUAUCCGCGUCACAAUGUUGAUAAAAGACUCGUUCCUUCGGGAAUAGAACAAAUUCAAGAACCCUUGAUAGUGACCGUCAUAGGUGAAACCAAUUUUAUACCUUAAAACCACCAUUUGCAUCUGUGAGAGGUUUUAUGUGGAGGCGGGCGCGUUACCGAGCGGAUCAAAACAAAACCGAAACCGUAGCUGGAGUGUGGAAAAUGGCCAGAGUUAAAUACGAGAACAUGAACAUGAAUGAAACGAUCA